UUACGUCUACAGUUCAGCUGAAGGUUUACAGAGAUACCAGACACUUUCACUAAAGUUUCCUCCAAGGAAGUACGACAUCAUGGUUCGGCGGGUCGGAUCCGAAGUCGAGACCCGAAGGCUUCUGAAGAGCUUUCGGGAUUCGGGUCGUCAUCGUAUCAUCUUCGAUACGUCAGCCAACGACACAGUCCUCGUUCUUAAACAGGCAAAUGUGCUCGGCAUGAUUACGUCAUCAUUCCAUUAUAUCUUUCUCGACCUGGAUCUGGCUGACGUCAACAUGGAUAACUUUCUUUUCGGAGGAUUGAACGUCACUGGAUUCCAGCUCGUCAACAAGACCGACCCCUACUACAAGAACCUGGAGCUGAUGUGGUACAAACGACAGGCCUACCUCAGGCAAGGCAAUACCACUUUUGACCCCUCACAGGAUAACUCCGCUAUGGGCUACCCGAAGCUGAAGACGAUGUCGGCUUUGACGUACGACGUCACCCGUGUCUUCUGGGAAACGAUCAGCAUGCUGAAGAAGAACAAACGACUACCAAUCCUAACGGUCAGGGGAGCGAGAUCAUGCUCGAACCCGGGCUUCAAAAAGAUACCGCAGGACAAAGACGUGUUGGAGUAUAUCAAAAUGUUGUCGCUCAAGAGUGCGACAGGAAACAUUGAGUUUGACGAGAACGGAGAAAGAGCAAAUUACACACUCCGAGUUCUGGGACUUAAACCUUCAGGAUUGCAAGAGGUCGGAACCUGGCUUCCGAAUGCGAACCCUCGUCUUACUAUCAAAGGAGAAGAUAAACAAAACUUCUUACAGGACAUCAACAAGACUUUCAUCAUUACAUCGCUUUUCGAGCGACCGUUCAUGAUGCUGAAGAAUGAGAAGGAUCGAACCCCUGGAAACGGCAUGUACGAGGGGUACUGUAUGGACCUCCUGAAGGCUAUCAAUGACCAUCAUCCAUUCAGGUUCGUCAUCCGAGUGAGGAACGACAGCGCGUACGGCUCGGCCAAUGAGAACGGGACUUGGGACGGCAUGGUCAGUGAGUUGAUUAAUAAGGAGGCCGACAUCGCCGUCGCCCCGCUGACGAUCAACUCCGAACGCGAGCGCGUCAUCGACUUCACCAAGCCCUACAUGAGUCUUGGGGUCAGCAUCAUGAUCAAGAAACCUCAGAACACCCGACCCAGCGUCUUCUCCUUCAUGCAUCCUCUGUCGUACGAGAUAUGGCUGUCCAUCAUCUUCGCCUACCUUGGAGUCAGCGUGGUGCUGUUCCUGGUCAGUCGGUUCAGUCCGGAUGAAUGGUACACCGUAGAACAGGGAACUUUAUCUAGUGCGCCCUCUACGGAAGGUGAGAUUGAUCGUGUGGAACCGAGAGACAAGAAAGCGAACAACUUCGGGAUUCAGAACAGCCUCUGGUUCUCGAUGGGUGCCCUCAUGCAGCAGGGCUGUGAAGUGUCUCCAAGAUGUCUCUCAGGCCGAAUCGUCGGUGGGGUGUGGUGGUUCUUCACCCUCAUCAUCAUAUCAUCCUACACAGCUAACCUAGCUGCUUUCCUGACGGUCGAGAGAAUGUCCACCCCGAUCAACUCGGCCGAAGAUCUCGUCAAACGUAAAGACAUCUCGUACGGUAUUCAAGGAGGUGGGGCCACCGAGGUGUUCUUUUCCUCAUCGAAGAUCCCGCUUUAUAUGACGAUGUGGAAGUCGAUGAGCUCGGCCCAGCCGUCGCCGAUCACCAAUUCGUCCGCGCAGGGCAUCGAGCGCGUCCGCCAUGCCAACGGCAAGUACGCCUUCCUGCUGGAGUCGACGAUGAACGAAUACUCGAACCAGCAGAAACCAUGUGAUACCAUGAAGGUGGGAUCGAAUCUCGACUCGAAGAGCUACGGCAUCGGGGUCGCCCGAGAUCUCACGUUGUUGAGAGAUGAAUUGACACUGGCUAUACUGCAACUUGGCGAAGAUGGCGUCCUUGAUAACCUGAAGAAGAAAUGGUGGUAUGACAAGGGAGAGUGUGAGCCUCAGUCGGAAUCUAUGGACCAAGCCAGUGCUCUGAGUCUCAGCAAUGUCGCCGGUAUAUUCUACAUAUUGGUGGUAGGAAUGGGCGUGGCGAUGGGCGUGGCUCUCACCGAGUUCUACUGGCGUACCCGGGCUCAAUCUAAUAAGGAGAAGAUCUCUUUAUCAAAUGCUCUAAAAGCCAAGAUUCGUAUGUCUGUGACGGGGGAAAAAGGAAUGCCAACAUAUCCAAUCAUGAGACAGGUCAACCCUAUGGCCUGCGAGAAGGCGUUAUUGUCAAAGGACCGAGAAUCACCAUCGGCUAUCCGAAGAGGGCAGACAUCCGUUUAAAAGAUCCAUCUGAAUAUAUUUGAAGGGAAAUGCACGUGGUCCACUUACACUCGACAAAGAUAUAGACUCGUCUUUACUUCAACAAUCUUCGAGACUUGCCGAGCAUGAAACAAUUUGAAAGGGUUAGUGAUGUGGGCAAACUUUAUCAUAAAGUUCUUCAAAAAUCCCCCCAGAAGCCAUUCGCAAAGUAUUAAAAUGCAAAAUGUUUGGGUCUACAUUUAGAAUACCGGGGUCAAAAUGAAGGAGGUAAAAUAGUUUUAGAGGUACAGUACUUUUAAUAGUUUCCUCUU